AUGUCAAUUGCAGGGCAAGAAAACGGAGCGGCCCAUACAGAAUCUGCUGCUAAUCAUUCCUCAUCCUCAUCCUCUUCAUCCCACUCUUCAUCAUCUGCUUCUAAUCAAAUUCAAACUUCAAAAAAAUAUAUUCCUAGUAUUGAAGUAAAUAGUGGAAUGUCUGAAUCUAUCUCGAAGACUCAAUCAAAUAAUUCUUCUAAUGGAGCUGAUAGUAAUAGUCUACUUCCCACAGGUGAAUAUAAAGUUAAUAGAAAUAAACCAGAAACUUAUUUAAAUAGCGAUGAUAUUGAAAAAGUAACCGAUUCUGAAUUGUUCGUUCAAAAAAGAAUCUUCUCAUUCUUACAUACUAAAAAGAUACCUGAAGUUCCAAGUAAUGACGAAGAAAGGAAAGCUUUCCCUUUGUUCCAUACAAAUAUAUUAUCAAAUAUGUUCAUAUGGUGGGUUAUACCCAUUAUAAGAGUUGGAUAUAAAAGAACUAUUCAACCAAAUGAUCUUUUCAAAAUGGAUGAAAGAAUGUCCAUUGAAAAAUUAUAUGCAGAUUUCCAAGAUAAUAUGAAUUAUUAUUUCGAUAAAGCCAAGAAAAAAUAUCUAAUAGAUCAUCCAAAUGCAACAGAAGAGGAAUUGGUUCAUCAUUUAACUUUACCUAAAAUGACUGUCAUUAGAGCUCUUUUAUUCACUUUCAAACGUCAAUAUUUUGUGGCCACAUUAUUCGCUGUUUUGGCUAAUUGUACUUCAGGUCUCAAUCCAAUGAUUACCAAAAGGUUGAUCCAGUUCGUUGAAGAAAAAGCUUUUUUCCCACAUAUGCAUGUAAAUAAGGGGAUCGGUUAUGCGAUAGGGGCUUGUAUAAUGAUGUUCUUAAAUGGUCUUUUCUUUAAUCAUUUCUUUCAUGCUUCACAACUAACAGGUGUUCAAGCAAAGGCUAUCUUAACAAAAGCUGCAUUAGAUAAAAUGUUUAGAACUUCUAAUUACGGUAAGCAUAAAUUUCCCAAUGGGAAAGUUACAUCAUUUGUUACAACUGAUCUUUCAAGAAUAGAAUUCGCUAUUUCUUUCCAACCUUUCUUAAUGGGGUUCCCAGUCAUUUUGGCAAUUUGUGUCGUAUUAUUAAUUGUUAAUUUGGGUGCCAUUGCAUUAGUUGGUAUUGGUGUCUUUUUUAUGGCUUUCUUCCUCUGUUUAUUCAUUUUUAAAUCUAUUCUUGGGUUAAGAGUGAAAGCUAAUAAAUAUACAGAUGCGAGAGUUACAUUAAUGAGAGAAAUCUUAAAUAAUAUGAAAAUGGUUAAAUAUUAUGCUUGGGAAGACGCCUAUGAGAAAAAUAUUCAAGAUUUAAGAACAAAGGAGAUUAUAACUGUAAGGAAAAUGCAAUUCAUCAGAAAUUUCAUCAUUGCUUUAGCUAUUGCCUUACCAAGUAUUGCAUCAUUAGUAACAUUCUUAGCCAUGUAUAAAGUCAAUAAUAUGGGUAGAACUCCGGGGAACAUUUUUGCAUCUCUAUCAUUAUUUCAAGUUUUAAGUAUUCAAAUGUUCUUCUUACCUAUUGCAAUUGCUACAGGUAUUGAUAUGGUUAUUGGGUUGGGCCGUUUACAAGAUUUAUUAGUCGCUCCAGAAAAUGAUCCAAAUAUCACUAAGGAAAGAGCACCAUCUCCAGAUUUGGAUCCAUCUAUUGCAUUAAAAUUGGAUAAUACUUCAUUUGAAUGGGAAAAUUAUGAGUUAUUAGAAUCAGAGGAGAAAAAGCUUGAAGAAGCUUCUAAUGAUAAAUUGAAAAAGAAAAAGAAAAAGGGAAACAAUAAUAAAAGUAAGAAGGAAGAAGAACAGGUGGUCAAAACGAAUGAAUCCGCACCGAACAAUACUGAAAAAUUAGAAGAUGGAAAAAUUCAAUUUUCUGGAUUCCAUGAUAUCACUUUAGAUAUAAAGAAAGGGGAAUUUAUCAUAAUGGUCGGCCCCAUUGGUACAGGUAAAACAUCCUUUUUGAACGCACUAGCGGGGUUUAUGAAUAAAACGGAAGGUAGAAUUCAAGUUAAUGGUGAUUUAUUAUUAUGUGGUUAUCCUUGGAUUCAAAAUGCUACAGUAAGAGAUAAUAUCCUAUUUGGUUCUCCAUAUGAUAAAAAAAAAUAUGAAGAAGUUCUUCGUUGUUGUUCUUUGGAAGCAGAUUUGGACAUAUUACCAGCAGGUGAUUCUACUGAAAUCGGUGAACGUGGUAUUACUUUAUCUGGUGGUCAAAAGGCACGUAUUAAUUUGGCAAGAUGUGUUUAUAAGAAGAAAGAUAUUUAUUUGUUUGAUGAUGUUUUAAGUGCUGUAGAUUCCCGUGUCGGUAAACAUAUAAUGGAUGAAUGUUUCUUAGGUUUAUUAAAGAAUGAAACUAGAAUAUUGGCAACACAUCAACUUUCCUUGUUAGAAAGAGCAUCUCGAGUAAUUGUCUUAGGUACAGACGGUUCGUUUGAAAUUGGACCAGUGGAUGUACUAAAAAGAACUAAUCAAACUUUGAUCAAUUUGUUACUAUUUUCUAACCAAGAAUCUAAAGAAGAAGAUACAGAAAAUAUAAUGGAGGAAGAAGAAUUCGAAAAAGCUGAAAGAACCUUUACCGAAAUAAAUGAAUUGGAAAAGCAAAUGACGCAAAAAUCUAAGGAUCCAAGUGUUAUUGUCAAUGGUAAUACAAUGUUAAAAGAAGAAAGAGCUGUUAAUAGUAUCGGAUGGAAUGUCUAUAAGGCAUAUUUGUCAGCAGGUGUCGGUAAAUGGGGGUUUAUUCUAAUUCCAUUUUAUCUAUUAUUAAUUAUUAUCACUACAUUUUGUCAGCUUUUCUCCUCUGUCUGGCUAUCGUAUUGGACAGAAGAUAAAUUUAAGAAUAGAUCUACGAGUUUUUACAUGGGUCUUUAUUCCUUCUUUGUUUUUGCAGGUUAUUUAUUCACAAGCAGUCAAUUUACUCUUUUAUGUGCUAUUGGUAUUAGAGCGUCUAAAUGGUUGAACUUAAAAGCUGUUCAUAGAAUUUUGCAUACACCAAUGUCAUACCUAGAUACAACACCUUUAGGACGAAUCUUAAAUAGAUUUACUAAAGAUACUGAUAGUUUGGAUAAUGAAUUGACAGAAAGUAUUCGUUUAAUGUUAUUCCAAACUGCUAAUAUUGUUGGUGUUUGUGUGAUGUGUAUUAUUUAUUUACCUUGGUUUGCCAUUGCUAUUCCAUUCUUAUUUAUUGGGUUUACUUUAAUCACUGAUCAUUACCAAAGUACAGGAAGGGAAGUGAAAAGAUUAGAAGCUAUUCAACGUUCGUUUGUUUAUAAUAAUUUCAAUGAAAUAUUGGGUGGUAUGGAUACAAUCAAAUCAUACGGUAGUGAAGAAAGAUUUUUAGCUAAAUCUGAUUAUUUAAUUAAUAAAAUGAAUGAAGCUGGUUAUUUGAGUGUUGCACUUCAAAGAUGGGUUGCCAUUUUCCUUGAUUUGGUUGCAGUUUGUUUUGCUUUAAUUAUCACAUUGUUAUGUGUGACAAGAGCUUUCCAUAUCUCUGCUGUUUCUGUUGGUGUUUUAUUGACCUAUGUUUUACAAUUACCAGGUUUAUUGAAUGGUGUUUUAAGAGCCUUAACGCAAACUGAAAAUGAUAUGAAUAGUGCAGAAAGAUUAGUAUCUUAUGCUACAGAAUUACCAUUAGAGGCAGCAUAUAGAAGACCAGAAGUGUCACCACCAGAAAAUUGGCCAAGUGAAGGUAAAAUUGAAUUUAAACAUGUUGAUUUCUCUUAUAGACCAGGUUUACCUAUUGUUUUGAAAGAUUUAGAUUUAGAUAUCAAAAGCGGUGAAAAGAUUGGUAUUUGUGGACGUACAGGUGCUGGUAAAUCUACCAUUAUGAGUGCAUUAUAUAGAUUGAAUGAAAUAUCUCAAGGUGAAAUAUUGAUUGAUAAUGUUGAUAUUAGUAAAUUAGGGUUGUAUGAUUUGCGUCGUAAAUUGGCAAUUAUUCCUCAAGACCCAGUUUUAUUUAGAGGUACGAUUAGAAAGAAUUUAGAUCCAUUUAAUGAACAUGAUGAUGAUCUUUUAUGGGAUUCAUUAGUUAGAGGUGGUGCUAUUGAACGUGCUGCUUUAAAUAAAAUUAAGAAUCAAAAAGUUGAUAAGGAUGGUACUCAUGCUGAUAUGUUUAAAUUCCAUUUAGAUCAAUUAGUGGAGGAGGAAGGUGCCAAUUUUUCAUUAGGGGAAAGACAACUAUUAGCAUUAACAAGAGCAUUGGUCCGUCAAGCAAAAGUGUUGAUUCUUGAUGAAGCUACUUCUUCAGUUGAUUAUGAAACGGAUGGUAAGAUUCAAGCUCGUAUUGUUAAAGAAUUUGGUGAUUGUACUAUACUUUGUAUAGCGCAUAGAUUAAACACAAUUUUAAACUAUGAUCGUAUUUUAGUACUGGAAAAGGGUGAAGUUGCAGAAUUUGAGAAACCAAAGGUAUUAUUUGAUCAAGAAGAUAGUAUAUUUAGAAGUAUGUGUUUGAGAUCAGGAAUUACUGAAGAAGACUUUGCAUAA